AUGGACAAUGCAACUGCAAAAAAAAUUUAUGCAAAGUACCAUCGCGUGGCAGAUGAGGCGAUGCACGUCGGGCCGCCCUUGGACUUAUCUUUCAAAAACGCCAACUCAUUAGACGAAUUGCUCAAUCGAAGAGUCCAUGCUCAUCGUACCGGAAAACGGCCGGACAAGUCGUGCGGGAAUCGGUACCUCACCAGUACCUUGUGGCUGAGUAACAACCUGUUCGCCUCGACCGCCAAAUUGGAGGAUUUGGCAAACAAUUUCCUCGAGAAGCCACUGGACCUCAGAUGGCUUGACCUUUCCUACAACAGGAUACACAACCUCGACGACGAUCUAGUGAAAUUCAAGAGCCUGAAAAUUCUCUAUCUUCACGGUAACGCCAUCAACGACAUGAAAAGCAUCGUCAAACUUCGUUACCUGCCCAAUCUGAGAUCGUUAACACUUUACGGCAAUCCUAUUGAGAAAUCGCCCUGCUACAGGCGAUACGUGGUAGCUAUAUUGCCACAUAUCUCGAACCUAGACUUUUCACCAGUCAUCGAUACAGAGAAAAAAAGGGCGCUGCCCACUGGAUUUCACAAAACAAUACGACCAGCUUUAUAA